AUGUCACUAUUAUUCCAGAUUGAGUGUCUUGACAUCCAUUACAUUGAUCUCAGUCAACGUCGGUCUGCAUCGCGUGAUCUGGCUCAGUUCAUUUGUAUGAUGCCUAAUCUCAGGGAACUUCAUCUCGGGGAUAGAUAUGGAACCACCAGUCCUUCACUUCAUGACAAGUUCUAUUCAACGUUAUCAUCCUUAGCAUUGUCUGCAAAGAUUGAGUGUAUUGACAUCCAUUCCAUUGAUCUCAGUCCACGUCGGUCUGCAUCACUUCAUCUGGCUCAGUUCAUUUGUAAGAUGCCUAAUCUCAGGGAACUUCAUCUCGGGGAUAGAUAUGGAACCACCAGUCCUCCACUUCAUGACAAGUUCUAUUCAACGUUAUCAUCCUUAGCAUUGUCUGCAAAGAUUGAGAUUCUUCAUCACAGUGAGAAUCUCAGUGAACGUCCGUCUGCAUCACGUGAUUUCGCUCAAUUCAUCUGUAAGAUGAAUCAUCUGAAGAACCUCAAACUCUACGGUCAGUAUCAUGAUGACUUCUACUCAACAUCAUCAUCGAUGGCAUCAUCUGCAAAGGUAUAUGUUAGGAGGUUUUUACAUGUAAAAAAGUAGCACUUACAAGCAAACCAUACAGGUUAUGAUUUUUAUUCAUGCUCCUCAUUCUGUUGCCAUUAAUUUGUCUAAUGGGGCUAUGAUGCCUCAUAUAAAGCGAAAUUGUACAUAUCUAUAUUGAACUGUUAUUCUUGUAAAUCUUAUUUGAU